CAAAGACAUCACGCAACCGUAGCUUUCAAUCGGUUGUUUUAUUCUCUGCUUUGUUUUUUCCUCUGGUGUUAUGAGGAGAUACAACGGUUUCCAAGCAUCAGACUCGUUUCAAUAAAGAAUUGCAUUGUCAGUUUGGGGGCGGCUCACUUUCACUCACUAGUGAAGCAGCAAAGCCGCCCAAGCAAUCAAGCGGAGACCAACAUCAACGUACCCACGCUACAAACUCCAUCACCACAUAAAAACACCGAGAGCAGUUAACGUAUUGGAUAGACUCUGCACUUUGGGAGGCAAAGCCCGAUCGCCCUCUCCAUCCAUACAUCCAUCAGUCACUGCUCCAAGGACCCCAGCGCAUCAUCCGUUGUUUUUGAACUCGAUCUGAAAAGAAAGAUAAAGACGAGUACAUAGCUAACAGCGGUAUAGAUAGCGAUCCUUGAAGUGAGGUAGAGUUCGAGAUGGCGUCCCUCUCUCAAUCUCAGACCAAUAAGAUUGUUGCGCAGCUGUAUUUGGAGAAGUUCUGUAACACUUCUGGGAAAUUAGUGAAUGCAGUAAACCUUGACAAAUUUCGAAAGGUAGUCCUUAAACAAUAUCCAAAUUGUUCAGAGACGAUCGCUGUGUCAUUGAAGACACUCGACAAGGAAAUUAUCAAGGAAUUGUGCGAGGACGGCCAUGUCGACGCCAACGGUCGUUUUCUGGAACCCUCUGUUCUAUGCCUACGGCUCCAAAGUAUGCGACCUGAUCUCGGCCCAGUCCAAUGCAAAGUAUGGGUUGAAAAGAUUGAAGAAGAAAACAUCAACGCCACUGCACAACGAUCGAAAUCGCUCUUGCUAAAUCGACAAUGGGAUACCAACAGUCAAAUAGGGGUGAACCACCUAAUUGAAACUGAAUAUCAGCGGCGCUAUUUUCUCAAAAAUGGGAAGUCUUUGCCACUAAAGGUCAGCAAUUUCCGUAAAGCGCUGAUUAAGGAACAUCCGCAGUUGUCUAGCCACAUUGAUGUAGCUUUCGAGAGACUUGAAGAUAGGAUCAACGGUAAGGGUAUGGAUACAGAGACUACCGUACCCCCGGAAGCCCCUGCAACGACAGUCGCAUCCUUGCCCCUAGAGGAGUGGGUACAUAAGAAGUUCCUCUCACGCGGAUUCGAUAAGGAUGGCAAGUUCCGUGGAUGGCCGAAGUUCACUCGCAUUGUUGUUGGCAAAAAGCCGAAGAAGGAAGAAGAGAUAUUGAGCAUAAUUAAAAGACUGAGCGACCCUGAUCACCCACUAAGCUGGCCAAAUCUUCCGACUACUCGAACUAUUGCGAACAAACCACAAACGCCUCCCCCUGCACUGGAGAAUCAUAUGCCUAAUCUAUCUACACUAGCUCUCGAAAGCACCACUUCGGUCACAGCUGACCCUGUCUCUAGUGAUGAAUCAGAGCCGGUAAAUGCAUUGGAGACGAAAAAGACAGCAGCCUUGACCGAGAAUACGAAUACACUUGCAAGCAAGUCUGGAAAAUCUCCGAGCAAUGCCAAUGGCAAUGCGAGGGUCAAGCCCGAAACGGAUCGCAUUACAAAGAAAGACACGCGAGGCAACAAGCGCAACGGCCAUGUCUAUCCGAGCUACAAUCAUAUGGAUUGCCUACUUCCUGAUGAUCAUGAGUUGGACGAUGUGCAAGAGACAUCUGCGCAUGAUGUUCGGCAUGCGCCAUUGAUCGCUGAGGAUCUAAUCACACACGAAUACAAAGAUGCUCUGCCACAGUAUGGAUUUUUCGGAUUGCACGAGAAGUCGAGGCUAUUUUUGAAUACAAACGUACCAUUCUCGGCGUUCAUAUGCGGAGUACAGGGUAGCGGGAAGAGUCACACGACCUCCUGUCUGAUUGAAAAUGCACUCAUCUCGUCGCAAACUCUGGGCCGGCUGGAGCAACCCCUCUCGGCACUAGUGUUCAGUUACAGCAACAUGAAUGGAGAAGGAUCUGGACUCAAUGUCAGCGAGGCUGCCUUCCUUGCGUCACCAAAUCCCUCCCUUCCUAAUCAUCCAUAUGUUGAAAAGGUUACAGUGCUGUAUUCGGAGUCAAAUCCGGGCUUAGCAAGGGCCUACAAGCGCCUUCCGAACGUUGAAGCAGUACCAUUCAAGAUCAAGCCGAAGCACCUUGACAUUGGAACCAUGCUCACGUUGAUGAAUGUCGAUGAGUCCAGCUCGCCACCUCUGUAUCUAGGUGAGGUUACUCGGAUCUUGAGGGAAAUGGCAAAGCGAGGCUGCGAGGGCGUGGACUAUAUAGAGUUCCAGAGGAAACUGGAGUGCUGCGAUUUCAAUCCCGCACAGCGACAAAUGCUCGACCUUCGUCUCGAUAUCCUGGAGUCAUUCCUCGACUUGAACGACGACAUUCCUGAACCUCAAUAUCGACCGGGCGAAAUCACAAUCAUGGACAUGUCGUGCCCGUUCGUCGAUGCGAGUACAGCUUGUGUUCUCUUCAAUAUCGGGCUAAAGAGAUACUUGCAAUCCCAAGCGGCAGGAAAGAUGGUUGUGCUGGACGAAGCACACAAGUACAUGCUGGAUAACCCCGGUGCUCGAGCCUUGAAUAACCAGCUCUUGCAAACCAUCCGAUUACAGCGUCAUUUCGGGGCACGCGUAAUUAUUUCCACACAGGAGCCUACAUUGCUGACUGAUCUUAUCGCACUAUGCUCUAUCGCUGUCAUCCACCGCUUCUCCUCACCACAGUGGCUCUCGGCACUAAAGAAGCACAUUCCCACAUCCUACCUCGACCACGACACGCUUUUGAGGGAUAUCGAGAGUCUGAGGACGGGUACUGGGUUGCUAUACUCUCCGAGCGCAAUUCUGGGCAAAGAUGAGACUGGCGCAUUGAUUAAGGGCAUGAGCAAGCUUAUCAAUGUGAGCAUCAGGAAGCGAGUAACUGCAGAUGGCGGUGCUUCCAUCAUGGCCGUCUAGAACCUCAGAAUUCUUCUGGGACGGGACGCUCAUCAUCUCCUUGGAAGUUUGAGCUGCUUUUGUUGCCCUCCACUGGAUCUUCGGUCUGGUGUUACAAUGGUGUUGCAUCUAGGUUUUUUGACCGAUUGAUGAAGGUUACUGGUUGGGAAAUUGUACUACAAUAGGCUAUGUAAUGG